AUGAAAAGCAAGUCCAGCAAGCAGGUUCUUUUGCCCCUUCAGGGGAACAUUUCUCCAUCCGCUGAAUCGCCAAGGCCCGGCUCACUGAUGACAACUGAGGGAAGGACUCGCAACUACAAGGACCUUAUAAAUAGGACAGUGUUCUCAUUGAUCAUGGCGUACUUCUUUCUUGGACUCGUUUCCAUUGGUGCAGAAGCCAUUAUUUUCCUCCUUAUCAUCAUUUUGUGCUUGAUGUUUCAUGAAGUCAGCAGGAUCAAUCAACGGGAGAGAAAGAACAAGCAGCUGCCAUCAGUUUUCAUAAUGAAAGUAUGGUUUCUUUGCACUACUAUGUUUUCCAUGACAGCGUAUAGCAUACGUGACCCCUUGGUAGCAACAUACCCAGGCGCUAUGAGGUAUUACAGGAAUGCCUGGAUGAUCGCAUUUGGUUUUCCACUCGUUGGGAUGGUGGGUUUUGUGCUGUCGCUUCGCAAGGGGAUGUAUCGCUACCAGUUCAUGCAACUCGCGGCGAUUGUAAUGACUCUGUUGUAUGUCACUGCUCAAGGGUACGCCCAAAUAUCAAAUGUAAUGCGAGGAAUGCUUUGGUUCGUUCUUCCAAUAAGUUGUGUUAUAAACAAUGACACCUGGGCAUAUAUUUUUGGUAAACUUUUUGGGAGAACGAAGUUGCUGGCCCUCUCUCCCAAAAAGACUGUGGAGGGCUUCGUUGGGGCUUUCGUUUUUACCAUCAUAUGGUCUUUUUGGUUCGCCGGAUUCCUCAGCUAUUUUCCCCACAUGUACUGCGCUAAAACUGACUUCCACUCAGCAUUCCACUGUGAGAAGGAUCCUCUAUUUGUAAAGCGAGAUGUCCCCAUGCCUGCGUUUGUGCAAGCGUUGACUUUCAACAGGUUGACAACCAUCAGGUGCGCCAGGGUGCAGCAACAUGCACUUGUUUUUGCUGCGUUCGCAUCCCUUAUUGCGCCAUUUGGUGGGUUUUUCGCCAGCGGACUGAAACGAGCAUUUAAAAUGAAAGAUUUUGGUGACCUGAUACCCGGACACGGGGGAAUAACAGACCGGAUGGACUGCCAAGGCAUCAUGGGUUUUUUCACCUGGGUGUACUUACAGUCAUACGUUUACCGUGAUGAGAAUUGCCCUUCAUGGCAUACGAUCAGUAGUUGCGCCCUUCAACUACCCGAGGAGCAACGGCGUUCACUAUUGUCGACUCUUAAUAGGUCUCUCACAGAAUAG